AUGAGCCCUACCUUACACCAAAGUCCCAAUCAACACUUGCCUUUCUCAAUUUACCCCUAUAGCACCCUAGUCAAUGCUUUGGUAUAUCAGCAAUAUUUGCUAAAUUGCAUUAGGAUCAAAAAUCCCCUGGCCGGCUUGACCAAAACCCAGAUCAUCCGUGGCGUUGAAGAAUUCGCACAAGAGUACAACGUCAUUGAUAUUCUACCAGAGCUCAAGAAAGGUGCUCUUGUCGCUCGCGAUCCUGAAGAGUUUGAGACAGUCUCCGAAUUGACCGAGUCCGAGCUUACUGCUCUGCGCGACGAAGUGCUUCACAAAUGGCGCCAGCCCAAGCAACUCUACUUCACUAUUAUCCUUUGUUCAAUCGGUGCAGCGGUACAAGGAUGGGACCAGACAGGAUCCAAUGGUGCCAAUCUGUCAUUCCCUGAUGCCUUUGGUAUCUCGGAUGCCAAAGGAGCCCCGAACGCGGCUCGGAAUCUGUGGCUUGUUGGUGUCAUCAACGCCGCGCCGUACAUCGCCAGUGCAGUCCUGGGGUGCUGGCUCUCGGAUCCCUGCAACCGAUUCCUGGGCCGCCGUGGUACGAUCUUCAUGUCUUCCAUCUUCUGUGUCUUGACGCCAAUCGGGUGCGCAGUCACGCAAACCUGGGAGCAGUUAUUUGUGGUCCGACUGCUUCUCGGCAUCGGAAUGGGACUCAAAGCAUCGACCAUUCCCAUCUUCUGUGCUGAGAACACACCCGCUGUCAUUCGGGGUGGCUUGGUCAUGUCCUGGCAACUGUGGACUGCGUUUGGUAUCUUCCUCGGAUUCAGUGCAAAUCUUGCCGUCAAAGACACCGGCGAUAUCUCUUGGCGUCUUCAACUGGGGUCGGCUUUCAUUCCUGCUGUUCCCCUUCUCUUCGGUGUUUAUUUCUGCCCAGAAUCACCUCGCUGGUACAUCCGACGGGGGGAGAUGAGCAAAGCCUACCGAUCCCUUUGCCGUCUACGAAACACGCCCCUACAGGCUGCUCGCGAUCUGUACUACAUCCACUCUCAAAUCAAGAUCGAAGCAACAUUGAUCGGUGAAAGCAAUUAUGUUACCCGCUUUAUUGAGCUUUUCACCAUUCCUCGUGUUCGUCGGGCAACUCUCGCCUCUUUCGUGGUCAUGAUCGCGCAGCAGAUGUGCGGCAUCAACAUUGUUGCCUUCUACUCCUCCACUGUCUUUUCCAACGCCGGCGCAAGUGACACCGAGGCUCUCUUUGCCUCGUGGGGCUUCGGCCUUGUCAACUUCCUCUUUGCCUUCCCGGCCAUCUGGACUAUUGAUACCUACGGACGCAGGUCUUUAUUGUUGUUCACCUUCCCACAGAUGGCUUGGACCUUGCUUGGAGCUGCAUUUUGCUUCUGGACCCCCGAGGGGACCAAAGCACAUUUGGGAUCUAUUGCAUUCUUCGUCUUCCUCUUUGCUGCAUUCUACUCUCCCGGCGAGGGGCCGGUGCCUUUUACCUAUUCGGCAGAGGUGUUCCCUCUUUCUCAUCGAGAGGUCGGCAUGUCCUGGGCUGUAGCCACCUGCCUUGGGUGGGCUGCAGUGCUUUCCAUCACUUUCCCAAAAAUGUUGGACGUCAUGACAGCAACGGGUGCAUUUGGCUUUUAUGCUGGAUUGAACGUCACAGCCUUGGUCAUGAUCUUCCUUUGGGUCCCAGAAACUAAACAGCGGACUCUUGAAGAGCUGGAUUACAUUUUCGCAGUUCCCACCCGGGUUCAUAUGAAAUACCAGGUCACCAAAGCGCUGCCGUAUUGGUUCAAGCGCUAUAUAUUCCGCCAAAACGUGGAGCUGGAACCGCUUUACACGUUUGAUCAUCUUUCGACGGCAGGCGUUGUGACGGCCUCACAGAAGGGAGGUAUUGUGUCCGAGAAGGGUCAGUCAUAG